AUGGAGGGUUUUCUCGCGCAGACUUUUCAUCCCACAAUCCGCUAUCAACGCGGCCAGUACCUCUCCCACGACAUACACCUUCCACAGUGCCUCUCCUACGACGCACCCCACAAUCCGUUACCCACGCGGUCAAUACCUCUCCAUUCGACGUACACCACAAGUGCCUCUCCUACCACGCAGACGCACCUCACUUUCGUCGGUGCCUCUCCAUUCGACGCACAUCACCUUUCCCCACAUUUCACGCGGCUCACCCGCUUCGUACGCGGCAACAUAUCAUCUUUCCAACAUUCCGACACCGAGUCGUCCGAGCACGUACUUAUCAGCGCUUUCUCCGACUUCGUCAUUUCCGACAAUCGACGUCUCGCCAGUCAGCCCAGCUACACUCCGGACAACGUCUUUUACGAUGCAAAUUCAACUUACAACAAGCUAGAUUCCGGAAACGCUCCCGCUAAACCAGAGCAAUGCCAUCUCAAUCCAGCUUCCGCCACCACCAACAACCCCACUACAGCCAAUACCGUCACCGGCAACCCCAUGAUAUGCUACAAUAACAUUUUCACCGCCUAG